AUGGUCAUUAUAAAAGGAUUACUGGUGGCGGUGGUAAGCUUACUGCCAUUUGUCUCCAGCUGUGAGAACAACGUGUUUGUGCCAAAGCCAUAUCCCAACCAUUCUGCUCACGUUCGCUGCGAGUGCGACUGUGUAUUCCGGCCAGUCUGCGGCUCUGAUUGCAAGACAUACUCCAACGAGUGCUCACUUAAAUGCAUCAGCAAACAUAGAGUGGAUCACGGCUUCUUACCCAUACAUAUGGUUAGCCACGGGCAGUGUCCCCCCCACAAACCAUGCAACUGUCCCGCCGGUGGCAAACCUGUGUGUGGAAGUGAUGGCCACACUUAUUCUAACGAAUGCGCCUGCGAUUGUGAAAACGGAAGACGUCAUCUCAUAGGACUCGAUCCUAUUAAAGUCGCAUAUCCUGGACCUUGCAGAUUACCAUAUUGCAUCUGCCCUGACGUCAUUAUUCCGGUUUGUGGUACUGAUGGUAAAACGUACAAGAACAUUUGCUAUCUUCAGUGCAUCAGUCGACACAACCAAGCCAACGGAAAACCCUGUAUCGAAGUUAAAUGUGAAGGCCCUUGCGAACAAGACAACUGCAUGUGUACGCUUAACGUAGAUCCAGUUUGUGCGAGCAACGGAAAGACUUACAGCAACCUGUGCGAGUUCCAGUGUGAGAACAGAAGACGUAGCCAGCUAGGAAAGUCAUGCCUUACCAUCCAACACAAAGGAACUUGUGUGGACUGCAAAUGUCCGAAAAUAUACCAACCAGUUUGUGGAAGCAAUGGUCAAACUUUUGCUAAUAUUUGCCUCUUCACGUGUGAGAACAAUAGACGUAAGCUUCAAAAACGUCCUUGUCUAACAAUCGCCAGUCAGGGAGUGUGUCCGUGCACGUGUACAUUGCAGUACGAGCCCGUGUGUGGUACUGAUGAGAGGACGUAUGGUAACAGUUGUCAGCUUAGGUGUGAGAAUAAGAGGCGGUCGGACUUGGGCUUGUCACUGAUUGGUAUCGAGCACCCUGGUCGUUGUGUGUGUGACUGCUCGUGCUGCACGCGGCAGUUUGCGCCGGUGUGCGGCAGCGAUGGCCGCUGCUACUGGAACAAGUGCUGGCUGAGGUGCAACAGAGACUGUAACAGCGACAUCGGAUACCCGCUGGACGUGUUACAUCAUGGACCCUGUUAG